CACGUCGAUCAACAGAACAGAAACAGAUAAGAAAUUAAAUUUGUCUAUCUUUUCAUCUCACUUCCUGUUCGGAGUGGUGAAUAUUUGAGAUUUCACAAUAAGAGUCCCCAGUUAAACUAGCUUUAUAAUGUAGCGUGUAAAACAGCUUAAUCCGUUUAUUUCUUUAUUCACAAGUAGUACAAAUCAUACACAAUAAGUAAAGCCGUGAUGUGUCCGUUAUAGUGGAUUUAAACAAGCAACCUGGCGCCACGGUGCUUUUACACUGAAAUAAACAAUGUACACUUUCUGGAAAAAAUAGUUUUCACUUCCGGGCCGGAAUUGAUUCGUCUGUUGCUGUCGUCUCUCUGCUCCGUACUCUCCCCCCCCAGUUCGUGAAUAAUAUUGGCCCCAAAGUUUGCUGUUCCCCUCGACGACACCGGAGCAUUUUGACUGCCGAGCAGCCGAAAUGGUGUUUAAAGUGACUGUCAACAGCGCCUGGAGGGCGACGAGGACGCUGUGGCUGCUGGUGCUGGUGAGCCUGUCUGUGUGCAUCUGUGUGUGCCGAGCAUCCUCACCUCAGGAGGACAGUGCCAUGGAGAACAUCGUUACCGAGAAAAAAGCUGAGGAGAGCCACCGGCAGGACAGCGCGGACCUGCUCAUCUUCAUCCUGCUGCUCACCCUCACCAUCCUCACCAUCUGGCUCUUCAAACACCGGCGCUUCAGGUUCCUGCACGAAACUGGACUGGCGAUGAUUUAUGGCCUACUUGUCGGCGUGGUCUUGCGCUACGGCAUCCACGUUCCCCGGGACAUCAGCAAUGCCACACUGGGCUGCCCCGUCAACGCCAGCCCCGCCACCCUGCUGAUCAACGUCAGCGGGAAAUUCUACGAGUACACUCUGAAAGGAGAGAUCAGCGCCAACGAGGUGGACAACGUGCAGGAUAAUGAAAUGCUGCGAAAGGUGACCUUUGACCCCGAAGUGUUCUUCAAUAUUCUCCUCCCACCGAUCAUUUUCCACGCUGGCUACAGCUUGAAAAGGAGACACUUUUUCCGUAACAUGGGAUCCAUCCUGGCUUAUGCCUUUCUGGGGACAGUUAUUUCCUGUUUUGUCAUCGGGUUGCUGAUGUACGGCUGCGUGAUGCUGAUGAAGCAGGUGGGACAGCUGGGCGGAGACUUCUUCUUCACCGACUGUCUGUUCUUUGGAGCCAUCGUUUCCGCCACAGACCCCGUGACGGUCCUGGCUAUCUUCAAUGAGCUGCAGGUGGACGUGGAUCUGUAUGCUCUGCUGUUUGGAGAGAGUGUCCUCAACGACGCCGUGGCCCUGGUUCUGUCCUCGUCUAUUGUAGCGUACCAGCCACAAGGAGACAACAGCCACACCUUCGAGGGCACGGCGAUGCUGAAGUCUUUCGGGAUUUUCCUCGGAGUUUUCAGCGGCUCCUUUGCUCUCGGCGUGGCCACAGGAAUCGUCACUGCUCUUGUGACAAAGUUCACUAAGCUGAGAGAUUUCCAGCUGUUGGAGACGGCUCUGUUCUUCCUCAUGUCCUGGAGCACAUUCCUGCUGGCCGAGGCCUGCGGCUUCACAGGUGUGGUCGCGGUGCUGUUUUGUGGAAUCACUCAGGCUCACUACACCUUCAACAACCUGUCUCCUGACUCCCAGGACAGGACCAAACAGCUGUUCGAGCUCCUAAAUUUCCUGGCGGAGAACUUCAUUUUCUCCUACAUGGGUCUGACUCUGUUCACCUUCCAGAACCACGUCUUUAAUCCCAUGUUCAUCGUUGGAGCUUUUGUGGCAGUGUUCCUGGGACGAGCUGCGAACAUCUACCCUCUCUCAUUCCUUCUAAAUCUGGGACGACGCAACAAGAUCAGAUCAAACUUCCAGCACAUGAUGAUGUUUGCAGGACUGCGAGGAGCGAUGACCUUCGCCCUGUCCAUCAGGGACACGGCGACAUACGCCCGUCAGAUGAUGUUUUCCACCACUCUGCUCGUGGUCUUCUUCACGGUUUGGAUCUGUGGAGGUGGCACGACGCAGAUGCUGUCGUGCCAGCGCAUUCGAGUGGGAGUGGACUCUGAUCAAGAUAACUCGAUGAGUAUCACUGAGGGCCCAGAGAGAAGAAGCACCAAACAAGAAAGUGCCUGGCUUUUCAGAAUUUGGUACAACUUUGACCACAACUACCUGAAGCCCAUCCUGACUCACAGCGGCCCCCCUCUCACAGCCACGCUGCCUCCCUGCUGCGGCCCCCUCGCCCGCUUCCUCACCAGCCCUCAGGCCUAUGAGAACGAGUGCCAGCUGAAGGAUGACGACUCCGACCUCAUCCUGACAGACGGUGACAUCAACCUGACCUACGGCGACAUCACGGUCAGCACAGACGCCUCAGGUGCCCACACGAGCGGCGGCACGGCCUUCGCAGGCGCCGCCACCUCCGAUGACUUGGACAGGGAGUUGACGUACGGAGAUCACGAGCUGGUGAUGAGGGGCACGCGCCUGGUGCUGCCCAUGGAUGACUCUGAGCCGCCCUUCACAGACCUCCACCACGGCAUGCGGAUGUGAAAACCCAGACAAACCGUCCGACUCAAACUGACCCGAGCCAUCGAGCAACCGACCAGUACCUGACACUCCGUCCUUCACUGUUUCUCAUCCCGCCUCGCUUUUCUUCCUUUAUUGCCACGUUUCGCUCCCUCUAGUGGCAAAUCACUGUCUCUACCUCAUUCUUGUUCUGCUCCUUUUCCACACCUUUCUGGCAUCUGCCGUAAUUGUAAAAUAGUCUUUAUUUAUUUGCAGGUUUUUUUUCUUCUUCUUAGUUCAGCUUAAAGUCAGUCACCUUACUGUAGCAUUGCACAGAGGUAUAGCAGCAUGUGUUAGUGUGUAAAUGCAACCACGAGCUACUUUGUCGAUGUACAGUAUAUCACAAGAGUACUAUAACUUUGAUAUGCAUGCUGAGGAUGCUUGUUGUUUUCUUUGUGUGGGAGGUUACGGGGCUUUUGUGUUUCGGGUCUGACCUUGAAUGUUGCUGCCUUCUCUCUGUGCAUCAGAGGCAUGCUGACCCAGUGGACAACUUUACUGUACAAUUUGUUACAAUCAAGUGCCUGGGAAAUGUAGUUUUAAAAGCAUGGCAGCCCGUACACGGAUCAGCUCUGGGAAGCAGAGCCAGAUCAGGGUGGGCGGUCACGCAGUUUUUCUUUCGUAUAAAAGAGGAAAAAAAAAACCCACAUAAAAAACAAACAAACAAACAAACAAACAGACACCUCUGUCCAUAAGGUAGCAAUAUACUCAGUGGGUGUUUGGGCUGUCAGUUUGUGCUCUCCGCCUGUAAAUAGUGUGUAACAAUGCGAGCCACUGUACUGAUGCAGUGUAACCUGGCAGUGAAAGUUGUGGAUCUCUCCCAAUGACCUUUGACUGUGACAUAGAGAGGGGCUUUACACCUUAUUUUAGAAGCUGAUGUUGCUCGCAGCAGAACGAAGGGCUGUUGUUCUGACGACAAGGUCCCAACGAGUUUUAGCGGAGAAAGCUUAGUGCCAUUUCUGUCCUGCAUUCGGACGCUUUGUGAAAAACUGAACGCAGACGACCUUAAAAGUGUUUUGUAUCCUUUUUAGUUUUAUUGCCACAGAGCUUAAAGGACUUUAAGCUGAAUCACAUUUGUCCUACAUAUUUAGCUUUUUCAAUACAUUUUCUAUUACGAUUGCGCGUCAAUGUCGAGACUUUGGAUCAAAUUUUAGCAUUAAAAGAAUCUCAGAAACACACAUAGAUACAUGGACUACACACACAAGUGAAGCGAGUCACUCUUUGAGUUUAAUCAAGGCACAUCAGAGAAUUGAUUUUCUCUCAAUCUGAUUUUGUUUAGGGCUGCAACCAGUUUAAUCGCUAUUGAUGAAACAAUUUUCUUUGUGCAACUGAUCAAUCGUUUGGCCUAUAAUGUGUCUCAUGACAGAUUAAAUUUCCCAGAACUUCAGUUGAUAUAUUUCAAGGGUUAUUCUGGUAUUUUUAAAUGUAAUAUUCUGGUGGUACAAGAAUAGAGAAAUGUUUGGAAAUCAGUCCAGUUGCUUACCUCAGCUGACAGCUGGGAAACAGGCUACAACAGUAUGAGAUCACUAGAAGGAUCCCUAAAUAAUUGAACCUUUUUUAUUUUAAGAGCAUCCUUUUGCUUAACUACAAACAGCUGUUAUAUGCCUCCCUUUCAUAGUCACAGACUACAUCGCAGAACAUGGAGUUGCUGGCCUGCCGCUGCUGCGAUCGCUUGGAAGUUUAUGUUUCUUUGUGUGUCUUUGACACGUUAGUUUGUAUUUGAUAAGUAACAGGUUAAGCUGACUGGACCAAUUCAGAAACUUUUUGCACCUGUUGUACAAAAUACUGGAAUUACCCUUUAAAUGUCUCGUUGUGUCUGAUCAACAGUUUGAAACCCAAAGAGAUUCACACACAAAAUAGGAAACAUUUACAUUUUAGAAGCUGUACGCAGUGAAUUUGAAGCAUUUUUGCUUCAAAAGUACUUUUACUCAAUCAUCAGAAUUGUUCCCAAUUGAUUCUUUUGUUGUUGCUGAGCAACUAAAUCAUUGAUUAAUUGCAGCCCCUGCAUUUUAUACGGUGAUGUCCAUGAGAUCAGUGAAUAAGACAGGGGAUGGCCGUUAUUAUUGUAAUGAAUUGAUUUCAGAUACGAGCAGAUAUUGGCGUUGGUACUGUGGCAGUUUGUCGUUAUGAAAACUGCUGGAAUAGAACAACAAUCGCUGUUUACAUGCUGGAUGUUUCUCUCUCUGCUGUACGAGCCUCGAGGGUCCGUGAGGGUCUUAAAAAUACACACAAUCAUUAAAGGUUCAGAUGGAUGGAUGGUGUUAACAUUUUACUUGCAGUCUUAUUUCUGGAUGGGAUGAAGGUUCGGUGAUCUAAUUCGUGUGCGGAGUACAGCAGCUGUUAAUGCGGGGUCUAACAGGAAGCGUUGACAGGGCGUCGCCGUGGCAACGCUGUGUUGACGUGGACGGGAGCCAGAAAACACUGACGAACAAGGCGACUGAGUUGAACACACCGUUUUUUGCGGUUCGUCCUCUCGGUGAGCCAGAGAGGAAAAAAUACAUUGCAAAACGGAUGCAAGAGAAUGAAAAGAAAAGAGUGAGAGAAAUAAAAGAGAGAUGCGUAGUUAGUGUUUUGUGUGUGUUCGUGUUGGAGAUGAUACAAAGGUGGAAGGAAGAUGUUGUGCUUCCUCCCACAGUUAUCUUCUGCUGUGCAGGAACUUCUAAUCAAAAGUGUUUUCCUCUUUUUUUUUUUUUUUAUUUUAUCAGGCAUGCCUCUUGACUCCACAUCGGAACCCAGGAAACGAUUCAUUCCUGACAAAGUUUUUUUUUUUUACACGUCUCCUUUGUUGUUAUUAUUGAAUUUAUUUUGUAGAAGGGAAACGAUGACGUGAAAGAAAAAAAAAGAAUUUGCACUUCUUCAUCCAGAAUGUUUUAUUGUUUUGCUACAUUGUUUGUUUUAUCCAACAGCUGCUUUUUAUAUUAUAUACCCUUUUUUUUUAUUUGUUUUUGGAAGGUCGUGGAAAAAUGUCAGAUGAAUGUCAAACAACUCGUGUCAGUUUAACGAAUCUUGCGUCGACGUUCGGUAGAAUUUAAGUUUAGAAUGAAUUCUCCGUUGCGGUCGAGAUGGUUGAAAGUCCCUUUUCAUGCUUUCGUUCCAUCUUAUCACUUUACCAUUCAGGUACUCUGAUGUAUGUCUGCAAAAAAAAAACCGUCUGAAUGCUGUCGACUUCUACAGAGCAUGAAUCAUUCAUCAUUCAAAAAAGAAAACUAAAAUAUAUAUAAAUAUAUAUACAAGCAGAUGUGUGUGCCACUGUUCUUCAACUGACACAUUAAAUAAUGUGAAAUCUGCAAAAAGCUGAUAUAGGUUUUGGUGUUUGCCUACUGCUCUGCCAGUAUGUGUUCUCUCUCUCUCUCUCUGUUCUCUGAAUGGUGACUUGUGAUAGGCUUUGAUCAUUGGAAAUUUUGUCUGAAGUAGCUGACCAAAGAGGCCUGCUGUGCUUUGUGUUUUCAGACAGUCCACUCUAUCUUUAUACUGCAAAUUCUCUGUGUGUGAAUGUGUGGACGUGUGCUCAUGCCUGCAAGUGUGUAUGAGAUGUGUGUGUGUGUGUGUGUGUGUGUGUGUGUGUGUGUGUGUGUGUGCGAGCGAGAGAGGAAGACGUCGCCUCGUCUCUCUUCCUCCGUUGUGUCGCAGGUACUGACUGUUUACAUCUGUGUAAAUAUACUCUCACCUGUCCAUGUGCGUGCAACGGUCAAUAAACAGAAGCCUGUGCUUUUGAUUAAA